AUGUGCGACUGGAAGGUGAGACUUGCAACGUACUUUGGCGCUUUUCCUGUCAUCUCCGUCUCCAUUGCCUGGCCUGGCACCAAGACUGUGGAGACAGGUUGUUGCGGAAAGCAGGGCAACAAGGUGAGAGUUGUCCCUUUACCGGCUGAGCUGCUUGCUGAAUUGGAUAGGAAAUUCAAAGACCUCUGGUCUUCGUCUGCCACAGCCUCGGCGCUCCUCAUUCGGUGUCCGGAAGAACAAUCCAAGGUUCAGGAUGCAGCCUAUGGAAUCCUUUUUAUGGCUACCCCUCACAGCGGGAGCGCUGUUGCAGAUACCGGAAAGGUUCUUGCGAACAUCAUUCACGCCUGCUCUCCAUUUCGUCCCGCUCAAGCAUUGCUGGGCUCGCUUCGAAAGGAUUCCAAAGUACUGUUCGAAAUCACCGAAGACUUCGUGGAGAAGGCGGGAAAGCUCCAGAUCGUAUCCUUAUUUGAGAUGGAGAUGACUAGUUUUGGCAUCUUCAAACGCCUUGUUGUUGAACAACGCUCGGCACUCCUCAACGUACCGAACGAGAUCCCAAUUGGGCAGUUUGCGGAUCAUCGAGAUAUUGCACGAUUCGCUUCUGUUACGGAUCGCAACUAUAGGCCUGUUAUUACGCGGCUUCUGAAAUUCAGACAAGAUAUCGCCAAGGAGCUCGUCGGAUUCUCUAACUCCUCUCAGGGGCAAUCGGUAACAUGGCCUACAGCCCCGAAGCCCAAUUCCGAUCCCGAUCCCAUAUUUGACGUCCCGUUCGAUAGAUGCGUCUCGUUUCGGGGAAGACAGAAACUUCUCUCAUCCAUGGAAGAAUACUUCAGCCAGCGUAGCCCCGAUCGACCAUUAAUAUAUGCUCUGACAGGACUCGGUGGAUCUGGCAAAACUCACAGCGCCUUGCAAUACGCUCUCCGCAACCGAUUCAAGUAUAAGAGUGGCGUGGUUUACUUCAACGCGAGUUCAAACACUACCUUGCUGGCCGACUUUCACCGUAUCUACGAUCUCUUAAAUUUGGGUGACACGCCAAACAAGGUAGAUUUCCUCAGGCAGUGGUUCUCGAAUCCCAAGAAUUCCAGCUGGCUCAUGAUCUUCGACGGUGCCGAUGAUUUAGCAUCUGUUCCCCUUUCGAGAUACUUCCCCAGUUGUCCUUGGGGCCACAUCAUCAUUACAAGCCGAGAUCAAGCCGCUGUUGGGCUGGUCGCCCCCGCCGGGCACUCCGUGGAGCCUCUGGAGGAGCAGGCUGCCAUUGGGCUGCUUCUCGAAAGAGCUGCAGUCGGUAACCCUACAGGAGACGAUAUCAAGCAGGCGAGUGCGAUAGUACAGAGCCUGGGAUACCUUCCUCUAGCCGUUGACCAAGCAGGGGCUUUCAUCCGAAGACGCCAAAAGUCGUUACAAGACUACCGUCGCCUCUUUGAGGAGAAGCAGUACGAGAUUCUGAAGGUCACCCCCGGGAUAAGCGGCUACGAGAAAACCGUGGCGACUGUUUGGGAAUUGAAUUUCCGCCAGCUCGAGAGAGAUGCCCCUGAAGCUUCGCAUCUUCUUGUCCUGUUCUCGUUUCUUGAGGGAAGUAAUAUCUCCGAUGCGAUGCUCCGUAGGGGAUGGUCAACCAAGAGGAUAUGGGGUCGUGAUGGUGAGAUCGCACUUCUUAGUCUCGAUGACGCAGGGCUUAAUCGCGAAUUGACCACCCUUCUUGGCGAUGAAAUGCAACCCACUCACGCCAUUGAGCAGCUCCUUGCAUCUUCUUUAAUUCAAAGAAACUCCACUGGAGAUGAAGGAAGGGCGUUAUUGGUCCAUCCUCUGGUUCAAAAUUGUGCGUCUCAUAGAGUCUCCCUGGAAGAAUGUCGGGAAUGGCAGGUGCAAGCCAUAUUGCUGGUCGUACAUGCGUUCCCAUUCAGUGUAUAUGUGGACGAAGAUUUCGGAGCUCUUGGACGUGAGAUGUUUGUGCAUAUUCCUCAAAUCUUAAAGGAGUUUGAUCAGCUUACGCCAGACUGCUGUGGUCAAUACUCGAUUGUCAAACGAGCAGUCACGGUGUUAUUACUUUCCGCUGCGAAAUUUCGUUUCAAUCCGUGGAAGAGUGAGUGCAUCCGCAGAAUCAAAGAUCUUAUGAAGGGCGAGCAUGAUGGUUACUUGAAAGCGUGGGCUACCUUCACCGAGAGCAAAAUUCUACGUAUGCAGGGCAAAACCGUGGAAUCCUACAGGGCCUUAGAAAACCACAUCAACCGCACUGUGUUUCCAGGGCUUGAAGAAGGACUAGCCUCUGAUGUGAGGUCAAAUGCCACAAAAGGUGAUCUGGUUGUUGCCUUUCCCGAGACUCUGAUCAAAGACAGGGAUCUCCUACGCGCACAAGCAGAGUUGGAGCUCUGGCGGCCACUAAAUCCAGAUUCCCCGUCUCCCAUGGAGCAGCUAGUUCUACGAAGUCGUGAUGUGACGAAAGGGAGGAUUCUUCGAAACCAGGGUCGAUUUUGUAAAGCAUUGCCGUAUUUGGAGGGGCUUCUUCAGAAGCUCUCUGCCGAAGAUUACCAUGUGAGCACCGGUUGGCAGAUGAAUUUGGUCUCAAAUGUUGCCGACUUGUACUGUGAAGUUGGGAGGCCGAAAGAGGCAGAAAUGGUGCUCGAAGAAGCCCUGGAGAUCAGCUAUAGCCAUGGGUGGUAUAAUAUCAGCACAGGAAGACGGUUACGACUUGCCCUCCUAGAGAGCUUUAUUCGACGCGGGCUGUUUACAAAGGCCGAGGAGCGCCGGAAAGAGUUAAUUCCGAUCGUUGAAGCGAUUACUGAGCCGGACAUCAACCAGAUUACGGGCCACUUCCGCGUUUGGGCUGGAUUGGCGAGAAUAGCGCAUCUUCAAGGCAACUGGGAGGUCGCACUCGCCCGAUGGCACCGUGCACUUGCAAUCGUGGAGAUGUCUGGCUGGACUCAGGGAUUCAACCACGGGAUCGUUCUGUAUUCCAUUGCUCAGAUACUCGCACGGGUUGGGGAUAGCGAAUGCCAGACCGUCCUUGAAAGAGCUCAAGAGUCUGGCCGCCGAAGAACGAAAGUACUGGAUUGUAGGCCUUGGUUCGCACUGGUAUGA